UAUAGAUUUAUUGAUUGCUUCGAUUCUCUAAUGACGACGCCGACGAUCACCACCGAGAGGCAGCGAGCUCUUCUCCUCCGCGAUCUUCUUUUGCGUCGCGACAUGAACGCCCGGCUCAGCUUUCUGAAUUCGAGCUCGAGCUCGCUCCAUAUCGGCGAGAAGCUCUGCGCCAUGUGCAUUCCGGUGGUUGGUCUUAUUGAGGCUUUCAUCUUCAGCUUAGCUGGUUGCUUCCAACACCAUCGUCCACGUCAUCCGCAGCCAGCCGCUCUCACCUACGACGAUCUCGUUCGCCUCGCUGCCACCUCCCCAUUUAGUGUGAAUGAGGUGGAAGCUUUGCGGGAAUUGUUUAACAAGUUGAGUAGUUCGAUUCUGGAUGAUGGUUUAAUUCACAAGGAGGAGCUUAGGUUGGCUCUUGUCCAAACUCAAGCAGGCGAAAAUCUUUUUCUUGAUAGAGUAUUUGAUGCUUUUGAUGAAAAGAAAAAUGGUGUCAUUGAAUUUGAGGAGUUUAUCCAUGCAUUAAGUGUAUUUCAUCCCUGCACUCCUCUUGAAGAGAAGAUUGAUUUUGCAUUCAGGUUGUAUGAUUUGAGACAGACUGGAUACAUUGAGCGGGAAGAAGUUAAGCAAAUGGUAGUUGCCACUUUGUUGGAAUCCGGCAUACAAGUGCCAGAUGAAACUGUCGAAGCUAUUGUGGACAAGACAUUUCAAGAUGCUGAUGCCGAUAGAGAUGACAAAAUAAGCAACGAUGAGUGGAAGGCUUUUGUAUUUCAGCACCCCACACUCCUAAAGAAUAUGACACUUCCAUAUUUAAAGGACAUCACCACAGUCUUCCCAAGUUUUAUUUUCAACACUGAAGUCGAGGACUGAAAUGAUUGCAAGUUAAGCUAUGCCUAUGAUUACAUGCCUGGAUGCUGAAACCAGAUGCUGUGUUGCAUUGUAGGAUAUUUUCGAGAUUGUCAGAUUGAGCUAUCAAAAGAGCUGUGUUGACCUGAUUUGUACUGCAUUGAAGGUUCCCAUGUACAAUGGAACACGUCAUUGUGGGAUUGAGCAAGCGAAACCAUCCACAACCUUAGCAAGUGGUAAUAUACUGCUUCCCUACUCCAGAAUGUUUCAGUUUUUUGCCUAAUUCUCAACCUCUGUUUGUGCACAUUGAUCAAAAUCAGUGUAAAUUCUUUGACCAGUGUAUUUCAGUUCUUGAACUGGAUCUGAUUGACUGGUUGAUUGAACAUGUAAUCUGUUAGAUUCAUUUACUAAUAAGGUGACUGAAUGAGACACAAUUGUAGAACAAUUGAAAGGGAUUGUGAAGAAACAUAUCGUACUGAUCAUUUUCGAUAGUGCACCACCACCAACUUCUCCUUGAUAGCCCUCAUUCUGUACAAGCCCUUUUAACUCUCAGUUACCUAUUGUUGUAAAAUCAGAACAUUCACCCGAAAGAGGGGGG